GCGGCAGCCUCGGUCUCGGCCUCGCUCGGCGGCGGGUGUGCGGCGCCGCGUGCCAUGGCCCUGCGCAGCAGCUUCGCUCGGCUCCUCCGCAAGCAGGCGGGCGCGGGGCUCCAGCUGCGCAAGCAGGCGCACUCCGUGGCGCUGGUGGGAGCCCCGCUCUCCAGGGGGCAGAAACGGCGGGGAGUGGAGCACGGCCCCGCCACCCUCCGCGCUGCUGGGCUGGUGGAGCGGCUGGCCGGCCUGGGAUGCCAAGUGUAUGACUUUGGAGAUUUGAAUUUCACUCAAGUUCCCAAUGAUGAACUGUACAACAACCUGAUUUUAUAUCCACGGUCAGUGGGUUUAGCCAGCCAGGUACUGGCUGAUGCUGUAAGCAGAGCAGUAGCUGCCGGACACAGCUGUGUGACUAUAGGAGGUGAUCACAGCUUGGCACUUGGUUCUGUCAGUGGCCACGCACGGCAAUGCCCACACCUUGGUGUGAUCUGGGUGGAUGCACAUGCUGAUAUCAACACCCCUCUUACAACUCAGUCUGGAAGCCUUCAUGGACAACCUCUCUCCUUUCUCUUGAGAGAGCUUCAAGAUAAAGUACCACAACUUCCUGGCUUUUCCUGGCUAAAGCCCUGCCUUUCAGCAUCUGAUAUUGUGUACAUUGGAUUGAGGGAUGUGGAUCCUGCUGAGUACUAUAUUUUGAAGAACUAUGAUAUCCAGUAUUUUUCUAUGAGGGACAUUGAUCGCCUUGGAAUACAGAAAGUUAUGGAAAGAACAUUUGAACAACUGAUGAGCAGGAGACAAAGACCAAUUCACCUCAGUUUUGACAUUGAUGCUUUUGAUCCCUCACUGGCUCCAGCAACUGGUACUCCUGUGCUUGGUGGAUUAACUUACAGAGAAGGCAUGUACAUCACAGAGGAAAUACAUAACACAGGAAUGCUUUCAGCUGUAGACAUGGUUGAAGUCAAUCCACUGCUUGGAGCUUCUCAAGAGGAAGUGAACGCAACUGCUAGUCUCGCCAUCGACGUGAUAGCAACGUGCUUUGGGCAGACAAGGGAAGGAGCACACAUUGCUUUUGAUGAACUCCCAACACCCAGUUCUCCAGAUGAAUCUGACAGUGAAGAGCAAGUGAGGAUUUAAGAACCCAAAGUGUUGGGUAUGUUGGACAUUAUAGAGCUCUGCUGAGGCACUUGAAUGGAAAGUCAACACUUGGCAAAUACUGUUAACUUCUCAAUUUUUAAAUAAACUAGCUUUUCCACUGAUCAGUGGCUACUUUAUUACAUACUAAGAUUUAUUCAUUUAGUAUAUAUAAAUUGAGACAAUAAAAUAUUUAUUACCUUCUUAUCAUCUUA